CUGCACGAUGUAAGUAUGUCCUAGGAUCCCAAGAAGGCCCCAAGAGGACCCCAAGAAAGCUCCGAGAAGGCGUCUGACGGUGCGCAAUUGCGCACCAUAUUUGAGGCCCUCUUCGAACGCUCUUGGGGCCCCUUUAAGCCCCCUUGAGGCACCAAGAGGCUCCCAGGAGGCCCCGAGAUGGCUCCGGGAGGGCACCAAGACGGCGCCAAGACGACCCCUGGAGAUGCGCAACGGCCAUUGCACAUCUCCAGGGCCGACGCACGUCGACUGGGAGCACGAUGCUCGGAUAUUUAUUUCCAGGAGGUCAACGUCACAGGGACGUGGGCAGACAAGGCGCAACCCGGAGGCUUCCACUUCAAGUUUCGCGGCGCGCGCGACAACAAGCCGAAUUGGGUGAACUUCGGGCCGGUGGAGCUUAAAAUCGUCCACUGUCACACUGGCGAGGGGCAGCAGUAUUUGAACGUCUACCUUAAGAACCUUCGGCGUGCUGGGUUUCAUGUCGGAGGGCUGCUGGGUGAGGAUGAUUACACGGAGGCUGCGACGCUCGAGGCAGGGUGCCAGAAAAUGAUAUCCCUAUCGGCGGGUCCGGAUGGUCAAGCUCCGCAUCGACAGGGCUCCUCCGCAAUCGGCUAUUGAGCCCGCCUGCCCUGCCGUGGUGCAGGAUUAUACAUAUAACGGGGGACUGGGUCCGAGGGCCGGGGGCCGGCGCCUCGACCGCAAAUGUGGGGCCCGGGCGUCAUUUUCUUUGUUAACACACACGCACACACCCAAACACCCAAACACACACACACACCAAGAUAGCACCAACACGGCAACGAAUGCCCCCAGAGUCCCCACAAUUCUUCAAUUUUCUCCUUUCUUUUCGUGGCAUUGCGCCUCCGCUGCCUUCUCAUCAUCGCCAUUUGGUGUAAUGAGUUAGCGCGUAACUUUGCUGCGCGAGUUGUGAGGGCAGAGCGGCAUGCACCCGCAAAUAGCAGGGGGCAUGAUUCCCGCUCGCACUGCAGACAGUGUGCCGUGACGGCGGUCCGUGGCAGCCGACCCAGGGAGUGUAGGCUUGCAGAAGUGUGAGGCGACAGUGGGAUACACCCGCAUACAGCAGGGGGGCCCGUUGCCGUUCGCACCGCAGACAUUGUCUGCUGCGUGUUGCUCCAACUCCAACCGAAAUAAUAGCCCCUACGACGUAUAUAUCCAUACAUCCCAUCUUCUGGAGUGAGCAAGUACCUUCAUCAACAUCCACAACUCCGCGUUUACAUCCUCAGCGCGCGUUUGGCGCAGCUCGCGGUUGGCGCGCAUUUGGCGCGUCGACUGCUUCGCCGUCUGGUAACUGAUUUGCUCCCUGGUUGCCAGACAGUGCGGCAACAAAAAAAACAAAACAAGACAACAACAAGUGAAAUGCUUGUUUUCACGUGCC